GAAAUGAGAGAAAGCAGCGAGUGAGAGGGGAGGGGGCGCCGGGCGAGACCGUGGAGCCGAGCGGCCCCUAACCCGGCGCCCGCUGCAGGCGCGCAUGGCGGGCGGGGCGCGCUGAUCCCUGCAGGUCAAGAGUAGCGCACAAGUCCCGGGCCAAUGUCCCAGGUGAGCGGCCAGCACCCCUCUCGCUGCGACGCGCCCCAUGGAGCCCCUAGCGCAGCUCCGGACCCAGCCCAGACCCUGUCCCUCCUACCCGGGCUGGAGGUAGUAGCAGGACCUGCUCAUCCUGCGGAGGCAGCGUCAGAGGAGGGCUCCCUGGAGGAGGAGGCACCCCCCAUGCCCCAAGGCAGUAGCCCUGGGGCUCCCCAGGUCCUGGACAGCACUGACCUCGUUGUACCCACAGAAGCUGUGACGUGCCAGCCUCAGGGGAACCCCUUGGGCUGCACCCCUUUAUUAUCAAAUGGCUCCGGCCACCCCUCAGAGCUGGGCCAUGCCAGGCGUGCUGGGAAUGGUGCCCUAGGUGGCCCCAAGGCCCACCGGAAGUUGCAGACACACCCAUCUCUGGCCAGCCAGGGCAGCAAGAGGAGCAAGGGCAGCACUAAAUCAUCCACCUCCCAGAUCCCCCUCCAGGCGCAGGAAGACUGCUGUGUCCACUGUGUCCUGUCCUGCCUGUUCUGUGAGUUCCUGACGCUGUGCAACAUCGUCCUGGACUGUGCCACCUGCGGCUCCUGCAGCUCCGAGGACUCGUGCCUCUGCUGCUGCUGCUGUGGCUCUGGCGAGUGCGCAGACUGCGACCUGCCCUGCGACCUGGACUGCGGCAUCCUGGACGCCUGCUGUGAGUCGGCCGACUGCCUGGAGAUCUGCAUGGAGUGCUGCGGGCUCUGCUUCUCCUCCUGACCCGCCCCAGCCCUAGGGCUGCCCCAUGAAGCUUGAUAACCCCUCCGCUCCCAGCCUCCGCUCCCAGCCUCCGCUCCCAGCCUCCGCUCCCAGCCUCCGGGGCCCUCCCAGAGCACCAGCCCCAAGAGCAGACUGGGUGGGUGCUCUGUAGGGACACCUCAGCCAGGGAGCUGGGCCCACGACAGACAAUCCUGCCCUCCCAGCUGGUUACCAGGGACCCCAGCACCAAGGAUCUGGUGAGAUGGGACAAGGGUGGGGGCCACUCUAGGACCAGCCACCAGGGCUGCGGAACACUGUGAAAGUUAGAGGAGGGGGCGGUGGAGGGGGGGCGUGUGCUUCUCUACCUCUCUAGUCCUGGUGCCCACCUCCCCUGCCCCCCCAGGCCUCGAGGACAGCAAAAUGUGAAAAGAUUCACCUGCCCCGCCCCAGCCAAGCCCCUCCCCGAGUCCUUUCCUGGGCUUUGUGGGGGCCUAGCCUAUGCAGUGACCCAAGAAGCCAGGCCUGGACCCAGGGCCUGACGGGAGGGGGAACAGUACAGAAAAGACU